CGGGUUACUAUUUGAAUCCUCAAUUUCAAUAUAGUCCAAAUUAUCAGUCCGAUACAAAUGUAAAACGUGGCCUUUAUGAUUGCAUUGCGAAGAUGGUUCCCAAAUCCAAUGAAAGGGUGAAAAUUGAUUUGCAAUUAGAUGAUUUUCGACAUGCACAUGGAUUAUUUGGCCAUGAGAAUGCUGUACUAACAAGAAACAAGAAAUCUCCUGCUGAUUGGUGGAAAUCUUAUGAGGUUGAAUGUCCAGAGUUGAAAAAUUUUGCCGUUCGAGUUCUCAUUUUAACUUGUAGCUCUUCUGGAUGUGAGCGAAAUUGGAGUGCAUUUGAAUUGGUACACUCCAAGAGAAGAAACCGUUUGGGUCAAAAAAGAAUGAAUGAUCUUGUAUUUGUGAUGUACAACUUGAAAUUGAGAGAGAGACAAAGACAAAGGUAA